AUGAUCAGUGUUGAUGAACUUCCUGAUAGGGUUCGACUCCAAAAGUUGAAGGUGACGGUGCUCAAAGUUCGCGAAUUUUGUACGGUUUCUCAAGAUUCUUUGAGACUUCCUGAGUGUUCUCAGGCGCUCGAAAAUUUGUUGACUGCUGGUAUGAUGAGAAUGAUUAGCAGAUAUUUGCAUAUGGUGCGAUUUGGGAAGUAG